GGCAACGCACUGCAUCCUGGAACCGGAAGUGGAGCGCACAUUGCAUGCUGGCUGUCAUGGAGGCGGCACGGAGUCGCAAGAGGCGCCUGGCGGAGUUGACGGUGGAUGAAUUCCUGGCCUCGGGCUUUGAUUCCGAGUCCGAAUCUGAAUCCGAAGGCAACCCCGGAGCGGAGGCGCGGACGGCGCGUGCGGCGCGGGGGCUUGCCCGGAGCCCGUGUGGACCGGGCGAGAGCCCCUUGGCCAGCCUUCCCAGCCGGCGGAAAGGUCGUGCAUCUGAGCACAAGGACCAGCUCUCACGGCUGAAGGACAAGGACCCAGAGUUCUACAAGUUCCUGCAGGAGAAUGACCAGAGCCUACUGAACUUCAGCGAGUCAGACAGCUCUGAGGAUGAGGAUGAGGAGCAGCUUCACUCUCUGCCCAGCAUGCUGGAGGAGGCAAGUGAGGAGGAGGAGGAUGGAGCAGAGGCCGGGGGUGAAGUCUCCAGGGGUCUGCAGGGGAAGAAGAAGGCGUUGGCCACGGUGACCCUCUCUAUGGUUGAGCUUUGGAAGCAGGCAGCGAAGCAGAGCCUCACACCAAAGCUGUUCCAUGAGGUCGUGCAGGCCUUCCGAGCUGCUGUAGCCACCACCCAAGGAGACCAGGAAGCUGCCGAGACCUGCCGAUUCCAGGUGACAGACGGUGCAGUUUUCAACGCGGUGGUGACAUUCUGUAUCAGAGACCUCCUUGGCUGCCUCCAGAAGCUGCUGUUCAGCAAGACCCCCAAGGACGCUGCCAGGGGGGCCCCGCCAUCCAGCAGCCCGCUGUGGGGGAAACUCCGCCUGGACGUCAAGACUUACCUGAGCUCGGUCACACAGCUGGCCAGCUGCCUGACGGAGGUGACCGUGGCAGCCGCUCUCCUUCAGCACAUCAGCAGCGCCGUGCCUUACUACCUGACCUUCCCGCAGCAGUGCCGAGCGCUGCUCAAGAGGAUGGUGGUUCUGUGGGGCACUGGCGAGGAGACCCUGCGCGUGCUGGCCUUCCUGGUUCUCGUCCGAGUCUGCCGCCACAAGAAGGACACGUUCCUGGGCCCCAUGCUCAAGCAAAUGUACCUCACGUACGUGAAGAACUGCAAGUUCACGUCCCCGGGCGCCCUGCCCACCAUCAUCUUCAUGCAGCGCACCCUGACCGAGGUGCUGGCCCUGGACACGGGCGCCGCCUACCAGCACGCCUUCCUCUACAUCCGCCAGCUUGCCAUCCACCUGCGUAAUGCCAUGGCCAUGAGGAAGAAGGAGACGUACCAGUCUGUGUACAACUGGCAGUUCGUGCACUGCCUCCACCUAUGGUGCCGUGUCCUGGGCACCCUCUGCCCCCGAGGGGCCCUGGAGCCCUUGAUCUACCCACUCACGCAGGUCAUCAUUGGCUGCAUCAAGCUGGUCCCCACAGCCCGCUUCUACCCGCUGCGCCUGCACUGUGUCCGUGCCCUGACGCUGCUCUCUGAAAGCACGGGCACCUUCAUCCCUGUGCUGCCCUUCCUCCUGGAGGUCUUCCAGCAGGUCAACUUCAACAAGAAGCCAGGCCGAAUGAGCUCCAAGCCCCUCAACUUCGCAGUGAUCCUGAAGCUGUCCAACGUCAACCUGCAGGAGAAGGCCUACCUGGAUGGCCUGCUGGAGCAGCUGUGUGACCUCACCCUGGAGUACCUGCAGGGCCAGGCCCACAGUGUCGCUUUCCCGGAACUGGUGCUGCCCGCCGUCCUACAGCUGAAGUCCUUCCUGCGGGAGUGCAAGGUGGCCAACUACUGCCGCCAGGUGCGCCAGCUGCUGGAGAAGGUGCAAGAGAAUGCGGAGUAUAUGCGCCAGCGCCGCCAGGCUGUCUCCUUUGGUGUGUCUGACCUGCAGGCCGUGGAUGCCUGGGAGAAGCAGACCCGGGUGGAGGGGACCCCGCUCACCAAGUACUACAGCCACUGGAGGAAGCUGCGGGACCGCGAGCUGCAGCUAGAGAUCAGUGGCAAAGAGCGGUUGGAAGACUUGAACUUCCCAGAGAUAAAGCGACGGAGACCUGGGGACAGGAAGGAGGAGGACAGGAGAGAGUUCAAGGACCUCUUUGACCUGGACAGUGACGAAGAUGACCCCAGCUCCAGCCUCUUGGAGACAGGAGUGGCUGGGUCCCUGAGAGCCCAGCCAAGUCCAGAGGAGGAGGAAGACGAGGAUGAUGAGGACCACAGCAGCAGUGACUCAGAGGAUGGCGGCGCAGACGGGGAGGCGGGGCUGAGCCCCGAGGAGCUGCAGCGGCUGGCCCAGGGGCCGGAGGACGAGCUUCAGGACCUGCAGCUCUCCGAGGAGGACUGAGGCCACCAUGUCCAGCAGUAGGCAAGGCCAGAGACUGUGACAGGACUUUAUUUUUACAACAUUAAAGACCAAAUGUACCAAAAGCUGGGCCGACCCCAGGACAAUGGCCCGGCGACAGGGACACACCGCCACACCGCUGAGCUGGCCCUGCAGUCCCCCCAACGAAGAAAGGACCGCCCUGAUUCUGGUGGCAGGUUGAACAAGGUCCCCCAGCAGGUCCAGUUCCAGGGGAGCAGUGAUCCAUGGCACCCCCUGUCUUUGGUUUGUCUGUUGCUGUCUGGGUGCAGGGACCCCGUCCCUGGGGUCCGAGGCACAAGCAGGCCUCUGGACUCAAUAACACCCCCCCAGUCCCUC